UCCUUUAAUGGAUGAUGAAGUGUUUCCUCCAUUGUAUAGCUCAGCCAUUUAAAAAGAACUAGUUCUAGUUCUUACUCAUGAUUUUAUCUUGCUUUAUAGAUGAUCCUAUUGCGAAAAGGUUUAUUGCAUCUUCUCAGCAAAAUCUUCCUGAAACUAGUAAUGUUGGAAUUGCAGUUGAUAACGUUCAAUUUAAAACCAAGGAAAGCAGAAUGGAAGAUUCAGCUAUAUCUGAAUUACAGAAAAGAUUAGAAAUUGUAGUUUCAGGCUCUGGUCCUGGGCAUCUGAUUAUGGAUGAGUUGGAAGACAGAGAAUUUAUGGAACUGGGGUUGAAAUUGAUUGGGGGACAUCUCAGCAAUGCACAGGGAAAGAAGGCAACUCUGGCACUUCGUGACCAUUGGAGGAGGUCUGCACCAAGGUCAAUACCACUUAGGGAGCUUGGACCCUUGCUCCGUGAUUACCAAAGGCUGAUUACUCAACAACUUCUAGCAGUUGGUGGAUCUGGUUUUCACUCAGUUGACUCAAGUUUUCUUGCAAAAGAUGCUUACAAGUUUUACCAUCUCAAAAAUGCUUCUCAGUUACGAAUGGAUGAUGUCCCAAAGCUGUUGAAAGAGUACAAACAACUUCCGUCAGAUUAAAGGUAGUGUUGGAGAUCUCGUCUCAGAAACCCAGGAAAUCAGCAUGAGGCCUUGCCAAGUUCUCUCUUGAAGUCAUUUAAGCAACUUGAACCUUUAGUAUUGGGGCACAUAGCGUCAUGAAAAUACCAGUUAUACACAAAUUAUUACUAGGGGAGGAAAGACACUGAUAACUAUAACGAUGUUUGGCCAUGUAUUGCUGUCAAGAUAAGACAAGACAAGCUUUCUGUAUUUGACAUUAAUUCAUCAUGAUAAAAAUUCUUAAAUAAGAAUAAUAGGGCUUAUCAGAGUGUAAAUAAUAAAAUAAUAUUUUACUGCAUCACUCGAAAUAAACAUUUUACUGCA